AUACAGAUUCUGGAGUUCAUUCUCAACUCAGGAGUCGACCAAUCAAUCAGCAGCUAAAUGGCGUUUAAGAUUAUCCUAAUUGCCACGGCACUAGUCGCUGUUAACGCAGGAUUAAUUCCGGAACAUGGAUACGCUUCGUCACAUCAGAGCAUUCAACACCAUGCGCCACUGUAUCACCAUGCCGCUCCAGUACACCAGUUGGCCGCUGUCCAUGCAGCUCCGGUCCACCACACUAUCGUAAAGGAAGUCGAACAUCACGCACCUGCCCAUUACGAGUUCUCCUACUCCGUCCAUGACGGCCACACCGGAGAUAUCAAAAGUCAGCACGAAUCUCGUCAGGGAGACGUAGUCCAUGGACAGUACAGUCUGCUGGAUUCCGACGGUCACCAUCGUAUUGUUGACUACCAGGCUGACGACCAUACCGGAUUCAAUGCCGUUGUCCGACGUGAACCGGUCAACGUGAAGCUGGCUCAGCCGGUGCACAAAGUCAUCGUUCAGCCAGUUCAUGCUCUGGCGCCGAUUGCUCACGUUGCUCAUCAUCAUGCUGCUCCUCUGGUGCACAGUGCGCAUCAUGUUGCCUCUAGCCACUACGGUCAUCAGCUUUAUUAAAAGAUUUAUUUAUUUGUCGUCAAUCAAAAGUAGAUUGCUAGGAAGAAUACCGCAACUACCAAUGUAAAACCAGAUUGAAUAUUGUAGAAUAAUUACUAUUCAAAUAUAACAAAGUACAAAUCA